AUGGAUGAUGAAUCUUUCUCUUUUUUUCCCUAUUAUUUUCUUGAUGCCCUUUUUGUUUCUCCUUAUUUGGUCUCCUGCAGUUUUUAGUCUUUUUCCCCCCCCUGAUUACAUCUCAACUUGUGGUCAGUACCCAUGAAUCCCUGCUCUCUUUGCCUCAUAUUCUCUUUUUUAUUGACACAGAUUGAGAAAUUGAUGGGUGUGGGAGAAGAGAAGGAUAGAACUAGUUCUUCAGCUGGCAGGAUGGCAAAAGAGAACGGAAAUGGAUCAAAUGAAGCAUCUUCAAGGACUAAUUCUGCAGGGAAGGAAGAGGAUGAGGCUAAACACUCAGUUCCAUUUUACAAGCUUUUAUCGUUUGCGGACUCGACUGAUGUGCUUCUGAUGAUCGCCGGCACGAUCGGUGCUUUGGCAAAUGGGGCUGCUUUGCCUCUCAUGACGGUUCUUUUUGGGAAUGUGAUUCAAUCUUUUGGAGGAGCUAGUGAUAUCCAUGAAGUUGUUCAUAGAGUCAACAAGGUAUGUCUUCAAUUUGUCUACUUAGCUGUGGGAGCGGGGAUAGCUUCAUUCUUUCAGGUGUCUUGUUGGAUGGCAACUGGGGAAAGGCAAGCUGCGAGAAUACGGAAUUUGUACUUGAAAACCAUACUACGGCAAGAAAUUGCAUUCUUCGAUACGGAAACAAAUACUGGAGAAGUUGUUGGGAGGAUGUCCGGCGACACUGUUCUCAUUCAAGAUGCAAUGGGAGAGAAGGUUGGCAAGUUCUUGCAGCUGAUAUCUUCAUUCUUUGGGGGAUUUAUAGUUGCAUUCAUUCAAGGAUGGCUUCUCACCCUUGUUAUGCUAACCACAAUUCCUCCCCUUGUGUUAGCUGGGGCAGCCAUGUCCACAGUAAUAUCGAAGAUGUCAUCAAAGGGACAAACAGCUUACGCAGAUGCUGCAGUUGUAGUGGAGCAAACAAUUGGUUCAAUCAGAACAGUUGCAUCUUUUACUGGGGAAAAACUAUCUGUGGACAAAUACAAGAAAUCUCUCAAGAAGGCUUAUGACGCUAGUGUUCAGGAGGGUAUAGCUUCCGGAUUAGGUCUUGGUACCGUAAUGCUUAUCAUGUUUUGUGGGUACGGUUUGGGAAUAUGGUAUGGCUCGAAGUUGAUAUUGGAUAAAGGAUAUACAGGUGCUGAUAUCAUCAACGUGAUAUUUGCAGUCCUGACUGGCUCCUUUUCUUUGGGCCAGGCUUCUCCGUGCAUAACAGCAUUUGCAGCGGGGCAAGCUGCAGCAUACAAGAUGUUCGAGACAAUCAACAGAAAGCCAGAGAUUGAUGCUUCUGAUCCCUCAGGAAAGAAGCUUGAUGACGUUCGUGGAGAUAUAGAAUUCAAAGAUGUUUACUUCAGCUAUCCAACUCGCAAAGAUGAACAAAUUUUCAGAGGGUUUUCCUUAUUCAUACAAAGUGGCGCUACUGUGGCUUUGGUAGGAGAGAGUGGAAGUGGGAAAUCUACCGUAGUUAGUCUGGUUGAGCGGUUUUAUGAUCCAGAUGCUGGCGAAGUUCUGAUAGAUGGUAUAAAUUUAAAGGAGUUCCAGCUUAAAUGGAUUAGAGGAAAAAUAGGUCUAGUGAGUCAGGAGCCUGUACUCUUUGCUUCGAGCAUUAGAGAGAAUAUAGCCUAUGGAAAGGAUGGUGCAACGACUGAAGAGAUCAAAGCUGCAGCUGAGCUUGCUAAUGCUGCCAAGUUCAUAGACAAAAUGCCUCAGGGACUUGAUACUAUGGUUGGCGAGCAUGGGACACAAUUAUCAGGCGGUCAGAAACAAAGGGUUGCAAUUGCGAGAGCCAUUCUGAAGGACCCCCGGAUUCUACUUCUUGAUGAAGCCACUAGUGCCUUGGAUGCAGAAUCUGAGAGAAUAGUGCAGGAGGCACUUGAUAGAGUAAUGGCAAACCGAACUACUCUUAUUGUUGCUCAUCGUUUGAGUACUGUUAGGAAUGCUGACACAAUUGCAGUAAUACACAGAGGUUCAAUUGUGGAACAAGGUUCGCAUUCUGAGCUUCUAAAGGAUCCAGAUGGAGCUUAUAAACAACUCAUACGGUUGCAAGAAAUGAAUAAAAAUUCAGAAAAUACAUCUCAGUCUGACCACGACAAGCUUAAUCUUUCGUCUGAUGUAGGGAGGCGUUCUAGCCAACAUAUGUCUUUGAAUCGUUCUAUAACCCGGGAAUCGUCAUCAUCUAUAGGGAACAGCAGCCGCCACUCUUUCUCAGUACCACUUGGUUUGCCUGUUGGAAUUGAUUUCCAAGAUAACAAAUUGGAGGAAGGAAAUACUGACAUCAGUUCCCAAGAAAUAAAGGAAGUAUCUCUCAAACGCCUUGCUUACCUUAACAAACCUGAGAUCCCCGUGCUCGCAAUUGGUUCAAUCUCUGCCAUUAUUAAUGGAACCAUAUUUCCCAUAUUUGGAAUUUUACUAUCUAGUGCGAUAAAUACAUUUUAUGAUCCUCCUGCAAAGAUGAAGAAGGAUUCCAAGUUUUGGUCAUUAUUGUUUUGUGUAUUCGGUGUGAUUUCUUUUCUAGCUCUUCCAGCUAGGCAAUAUUUCUUUGGCGUGGCUGGAUCAAGAUUAAUAAGAAGGAUCAGACUCAUGACUUUUGAGAAGGUGGUUCACAUGGAGGUUGGAUGGUUUGAUGAGCCUGAAAACUCGAGUGGAGCAGUUGGAGCUAGACUAUCAGCAGAUGCAGCAACUGUUAGGGGUCUUGUGGGUGAUGCACUUGCGUUAAUUGUUCAGAAUAUUACUACGUUAAUUGUCGGUUUGGUGAUUGCUUUUAUUGCAAACUGGCAACUAUCUCUAAUCAUAUUAGCACUCUUGCCCUUCAUUGGCCUUAAUGGAUAUGUCCAGAUGAAGUUCAUGCAGGGGUUUAGUGCGGAUGCAAAGAUGAUGUAUGAGGAAGCGAGUCAGGUUGCAAAUGAUGCAGUGGGGAGUAUAAGAACAGUUGCUUCCUUCUCAGCUGAAGAUAAGGUGAUGGAACUGUACCAGAAGAAAUGCGACGGACCUAUGAAGACAGGAAUUAGGCAAGGAUUGAUUAGUGGUAUUGGCUUUGGAGCCUCCUUCUUUGUGCUUUUUUGUGUUUACGCCGCCUGUUUCUAUGCUGGAGGACGCCUUGUACAGGAUGGAAAGACCACAUUUGGUGAAGUUUUCCGAGUUUUCUUUGCUCUCUCUAUGGCAGCCAUUGGAAUUUCACAAUCAAGCUCCCUGGCACCAGAUUCUAGCAAAGCGAAAUCCGCAACAGCUUCUGUGUUUGCAGUUCUUGAUCGCAAGUCUAAGAUUGAUGCUAGUGAUGAUUCCGGGACGAAAUUAGAGACUCUAAAGGGAAACAUUGAGUUUCGGCAUGUCAGUUUCAGAUAUCCAACAAGGCCAGAUGUUCAGAUUUUCCAAGACUUAUGCUUGUCAAUUCCUGCCGGAAAGACUGUUGCAUUGGUCGGUGAGAGCGGAAGUGGCAAAUCAACAGCAAUACAAUUGUUACAGAGAUUUUAUGAUCCUGAUUCAGGACACAUAUUGAUGGAUGGAAUCGAGAUAGAAAAGUUCCAGGUGAAGUGGUUAAGGCAACAGAUGGGCCUAGUGAGUCAAGAACCAUCCUUGUUCAAUGACACCAUUCGAGCAAACAUUGCCUAUGGAAAAGAGGGAGAAGCCACUGAGGCUGAGAUCGUCGCUGCUGCUGAGUCAGCAAACGCACACAAGUUCUUAUGCAGUCUACAGCAGGGUUACGACACAAUGGUUGGAGAGCGAGGGAUCCAACUAUCUGGUGGUCAGAAGCAACGAGUAGCGAUAGCUCGUGCAAUCGUGAAGGACCCCAAAAUUUUGCUCCUCGACGAGGCAACAAGCGCACUUGAUGCUGAAUCUGAACGUGUAGUUCAGGAUGCAUUAGAUCGAGUUAUGGUCAACAGGACCACAAUAGUAAUUGCUCAUCGGCUGACCACAAUAAAAAAUGCUGAUGUAAUAGCUGUAGUUAAAAAUGGUAUGAUCGUGGAGAAAGGAAAGCAUGAGGCGUUGAUGAAGAUCAAUGACGGGGCUUAUGCCUCCUUAGUAGCACUUCAUUCAAGCUCAGCUUCAUAGUUACAACAUUGUUUUUAUCGAUGAAUUUAUUGGGUUAUAGUUUUUUCAACCAUGUCACUUUGCAUCUCAUGUAACUAUUGGUAAAUUAUGUUACAACGUGAUCGGCGAUAAUCUUAAUGUAAAAUGGUUCGCAUAGGCUACUGAUAUUCUUA